AUGUGCAUAGCUGACAAGACGGCAUCACAAUACUGCAAGCUUUCCGCUGUAUGUUUUCGUUUAUUCGCCGGUCGCUUCUCUCGUUCCUUCCGUGCUUGUUUUCCCUUUGCAUUGAAUUUGGCCUCACUACAAUUUGUUGAUUCGAUGGAAAAUGUCUCCUUAGGUCACUCUUCGUUGCAUGACUAUCUUCUUUCAGAUCCCAAUCCAUCUUCGUCCAUAUCCCUUCCUGUGAAUAGUUCAGCGGGCGCAUCUCUUUCUCCUCCCUCCUCAACCUCUUCGGACAAGUUAAUCUCAUUUUUUCAUAACUCCUCCUCUUCCUUUUACCUACAGGAAGACUUUAUCUCUUCCCAACCCACCUUGAACCAUCCUUCGUCCAGCAGCCUUACUUUAUCCCCAACUCUUGGUCACAACAUCACCGCCAUGCUGGCUGCCGGUCCGUCCUCAAUAGGUUCGCCCGCCUUCGUCACCUUCAAUGGUAUUCUUCAGGGCGGAAUGGCCAAUCAGAAUACCAUGGCACCACUGCCUUCACAGACUUCUAUUCCUGCAUAUCCCAUGCAGGCCCCUUCACUGUUUACCGGAAUGCCAGCUCUCAUAUCUCCCUCCAUGUCAGCAAACUUCACUCCCACCUCGCUCGCCUCCAACUCCUCCUUAAGCGCUCCAUUGGCCACGUCCAUUCCAGCUUCACUGUCGAUACCGCCGUCGUCGCUGGCACAACAGCAAACGCCAGUCUCUACCUCGGUGCUUCAACCUUCACCUUUCGCCGGUUUUCAGUCGCCCACCCUAAUUCCAUUCAAUGGUGCUAAUGGUUCAGGUGGCCUCGUCAAUGUCCCUUCGUCUGUGCCAACAUCUCUCAAUCCGUCCGUCGGCUCCUUCCUUGCCGCUCAUCACUGCGUCCCAGGCUCCCCUCCUGCCGCCUCCUCCGCCACACUCUUGCUGGCCGCCCCCUCAACCUCGGCCAAUGGACAUAUUCACUCCUUUUUAUCGCAUCCUCUCUCGUCCGGCUUAGCCUCUCUGUCUCCUUCUGUACCAGCACUCACAACGCCACAACCACAACCCCAGCCCCAGCCUCCGCCGCCCCCACCACCACCAACACUUGCUUCCUUUAUUCCCCCAGUCUAUAGUCAGGCUCACCUGCUCACUUGUCCGUCGUCUACUCAAUGCACAGUCACACCCUCCUGCUCCAUGGCUGUGACUUGCGCACCCACCAUUUCCAUUACUUCGUCUGGGCCUUGUAACGGAAUCUCCCCUUCUGUAUCAGUCGUCUCACAGCCCAAUCUCAAACCUCCAUCCUCCGCAAUAGGACUUCUCACAACUAUUCAACCAACCCUAGCCUCAGCCAAAGGGGCCUCUUGUGACCAAGCGUCGGAGACUACAGCUAACAACACUAUCCAGGCCACUCUCAACUGUGUUGGCGGCAUUUCGGGUCAAAGUCCGACAAAACUAAAGCUGCCUAAAGCGCAAUGUGUAAUACCCUCGUCAAUCAUUACAUCCUCUUCACUGCCACAGACAGUAACUUCCGUUGCUACAGGUCAGAUGCAAGGCACCAUUGCUACAGCCGAUAUUUCUGCCCUCGAAGCUGUCGAAUUUCAUCGUGGCGCCAUACUCGAUGCAAUCGACAAGUUGAGAGAACGAAAAGCCAGACCGGACUUUGAGAGGAUCUCCUGUUUGCUCAAACGCCAUCACAACAUCACACCUUGUGAGACGCAAAUCUGCCUAGGUCGCUUGGCAGAUACUGGUGCGGUAGUGUGUGUCGACUAUAAAGGUAACACAAGUUAUCGCAAUCCAUCAAAAUGGCGCAAGACAGCCAUUGGCAAUGGAAAUAUGGCAAAUCUUCCCAACAUUAGCCAGCUUCUUGUGGAAGCGGUCAAACGACUGCUUACAACUCAUCUGUCCAACGCUUUUGAUGCGACCGCCAACAGUGAGUCAUCCUCAUCGGCUACAGACACCAAGACUGCUCUACCUAAUUCACUCACACCAAUGGGCUCCAGUACUUCAACCCUGCUUAGCUUCACUAUUUCUGAGAUUGAACAGGCUCUAAACUCUUUGCAAAAUCUUAAAAAGGAGGACAAUGAAGAUGAGUCGGCGUCUACUGAGGCUAGUGUGCCAGAAUUGACGGGAGCCACCCUGAAGGUGUGCCUUAAUCGUGAAGCCACCUACGGCAAGUUGGCAAAGACUGUUGAUGGCUCUUUCGUUUUGGACGAGUCUGGAGAGAAAAAGAAGCUGGCCGCAGCAGCACCAGGUGGGGUGGCCGGAGGCAUUACGAUGGCAGGGACGAUGGGAGUGAGCUCGGCCACGUCAGCCGGUUCCUCGCUCUCUAACUGUACCAACAGUACGAACCAAAUAGUCCUACCCUUGAGGCUUAACAAAAAGCCUUUACCUCCACAAUCUGCCAACUGCGUCAGUCUGUACGCCAAACUUGCGGCCAGUCAACCGCCCAUUGCUCCUGCUACCGAUUUUUCGGCCAACACAAACCGUCUCUUUCACAACCCGGUGCCCCUAGCCGCAAAAAAUUAUCCUCCCAGCAAAGCUCUGCUUCCAGUUAGCUCGAAUAAUGUGAUACAUUCAAUGCGGACAGGACGGCGCGGCAGGCCCCCAGGCUCCAAAACUAAGCGUCCAAUCCUCCCUUCAGAAGUGAACAAUUGCAAGGCGAGUCAUUUUCUGUAUCCUGGUUGCGUUACUUUAAAUGAAUAUAAAGUAGUAUGA